UUUUGAAGUGAACGUCUGACAGCUCCGCAUAUGUUAUAUAGCAACUGAUUAUUAGCAAACACAAUGCCAAAAUGCCAACAGAGGAUAUAACAUUCAAAGCAACAUCUGUUUACAUGACUAAAAGUGAUCAUUUCUCAGCAGUAUGAGUGGACUUAAAGUCCUGGUUGUCAUAAUCUGGAUGUUGAGAGAAUGUGCCCUGUGUGUUUUGAUUUAUGCAGGUGCUGCCAGCAACAAAUGGGAAAUUAAGAUGCCUAAGAAAAUAGACGCGAUAAGUGGCUUAUGUGUUCAAAUUCCAUGUCAGUUUGAGAUCCCCGACUCAUUCAAACAAUCCCUAAACAAUCUUGUUGAAGGAAUUUGGAAAAAAAUAAGCGCAGAGGGGCCAAACGUGCUUAGUUCAAAAACGACAGUGUCUCUUCUAAAAGGAAAUGUGAUUGGCAACAUCUCGGACAAAAAUUGCACCACUGUGUUCUACAGCUUUCCUGAUGGAUUCAGUGAAACAUUUUUCUUCAGACUUCAGGGUCCUGAACCUCUCUUGUACACAUUUCAGCAAGGAAUAAACAUCACAGUCCAUAAAGAUGUUCCCCCGCCUAUCUUGAGCCCAUAUGUUCAGGUGAUGGAAGUUCUAGAGGGCACCAGGUUGACACUGACCUGCUCCACUGUGAUCUCAUGUCCCUCAGUCCAACCUCAGUUGCAAUGGAACCCACAGCUAGGAGAAAAGCUCACACCAGCCCUACAGGAGGAUGAAUUUGGACAGACACUAUUGGCCUCCUCUCAGAUGUUCAAUGUGACUCCCCUAAAUGACCAGCUGAAAAUCUCCUGCUCUGUUUUGUACUAUCAGGGCGCCAAAAGACCAGCUGAAACCAGCAUUACCCUUAGAGUGUUGUAUGCUCCCAGAAACACCAUAGCCCUGGUCAGUCCAUCGGAUCCAGUGUAUGAAGGCAGUAUGGUGGUGCUGAGCUGUCAUAGUGAUGCCAACCCUGCAGUUCAGCGCUAUGAGUGGUACAAAGACAGUGGAUCUGGAAAGCUAGAGUUACAGAAUCAAGGACAGACUCUAACAUUGAUAGCCAAAAGUACCGUUCAGGGUCUGUAUGUCUGUAGGGUCCACAACAUCCACGGGACCGACCGAUCAAGACCUGUCGCUGUAGGCAUAAAUAGUUGCCAGUGCUCCAUUGCAUUGUACACUAUAUGUGGACUUCUGACUCUUUUCCUAAUUCUUAUUACUGCAGUGGAUUUGGUUAAAUACAAAAGCCUGUUAAACAGACUUGAAGUGUCUGAAAGCUUGCGAGGACCCAUGACUUACUCCACCCUCCACGGGACCAGUGACACAGUGUACAAUGUAAUACAGAAAAAGAACACUUCUAUUUGAACUUGGCAUGCAAGUGUACUUUGAAAGAUGCAUUGAACACAGUUGAACUUCUUAUUUCUCUGAAAAACAGCAGUUGUAUUCCAUGUAAGUUGUAUUUAGACACUAUGGGGCUUUUUUCAUGACAUAAUUCGAUCAACCGUUAAAUCAACUGGCUGACUGGUAAUCAAUUUCCUGAGACAGGAAGUAGAUAAUAAUUAUUUCUCAGAAAACUAGAGUUGUGCAAGCAUAUUAAACUCUGAUAGGCUGAUCACUAUUCUCUGCUGACGUGAUGCAUGUGCAAGAAAACAUUCGCAUUGGAGUGUGUGCUUGCAAGAUAGAGGGGGGAAAUUUGUCCUGAUUUCAUACGAAUUGUGAUGACACAAUGCCAAAAUGUCAUCAUUUGUCAUAUCCUGAUGUUAUUUUAACCUUUGUCCUCAAAUAUGUAAAAAAAAAUAUUCUUAUCAAAAAUACAUUUUUCUUAUCAAAAUACAUUGAGUUUAUUGUGUGUGGGUGUGU